GAGGGAUGAGCCUAGGUUUCAUCUCUUGACUGCUGAUAUAAUAACUCUUUAAAGGGUUGUCUUUAUUUUUGUGGGAUAAUGGUAUAUGUUCCAAAAGUUUAUUUGCAAGUUUCUUGAUUAGGAUCUGGAAUAUAUUUUCUCAUAGAAGCAAAGUUACAGAUGAUGGUUGGAUUCCCUUUAAGCCAGUUGCUACAGAGGCCCAUCGUGGGUUUUGAUGAACACGCAGGACUUUGAAUCAGAAUACUGACAGUAGUGUGUACUUUUAGUCUUCUUUCUAAUAUAAUCACAUUGUGCAUUUCCAGCAUACUGUGCCUUGGGCGUGACACAUCAGAGUCCAGUGUUUAUCUUUUAUUACGUGCCAGACCCCUCUGGAAAGAGCCUCCAUGGAAUUCAUCAUCCGCAGUGUUUGGUUCAGUGUUAGCUUUUGUGUUCUGGGACGUCAGGGGUGAUUCUGCCCACUGUUGGUGCAGAGAUGUCUCUGCUCUUCACUCUCCGCUCCUGCUUCACUGCCCAGCUCCUUGCUGGGAAUAGUCCUUGACAGGAUACGAGAGAUGAAAGUAAUGAGACUGAAGCCAGCAGGAUGAGUAAAUUAAGAAGAACAAGAAAGAAAGUCACGAAACAUGUUUUCUCAACUGAAGUAGGAGAAAUGGAUAUAUCCAACUCAAAAGAAAGGAUCAGAAACCAAAUGGUGUGCCACAAGUUGGAGGAUGUGAGCAAACCAGUUGUGGGAGCUGGCUCCGCAGACUCCUAUCGACCACAAGAUGACAAGGACUCCGAGAAUCAGACAACAGGGAUAAAACCAUCACCCCUCAAAACUGCAGCCAGUGCUCCUUGUCGUGAAUUUAACACAAACUCCAACCAUACCGAUAACACCAGGGACGGCACUCAAAUUCCGACCACACCUCAUCUCUCCUCUAGAAUGAAGCACAUUAAACAAGAGAUGGCCAAAAAUCACCUUCAGUUUGUGCGAUUUGAAGCAACAGACCUCCAUGGUGUGUCCAGAUCUAAGAGUAUCCCUGCACACUUUUUCCAAGAAAAAGUGAUCCACGGCGUCUGCAUGCCCCGAGGUUAUCUGGAACUGAUACCGAAUCCUAAGGAUGAUGAAGUGGAUCACAUAAGAGCAACGUGUUUUAAUAGUGACAUCGUCCUGAUGCCGGAGCUCUCAACCUUCCGGGUUCUGCCAUGGGCUGAGAGAACUGCCAGAGUGAUAUGUGACACGUUCACUGUGACUGGUGAGCCUCUUUUGACUUCCCCUCGGUACAUCGCCAAAAGGCAGCUGAGCCAGCUGCAGGACGCUGGCUUUUCCCUGCUCUCCGCCUUCAUCUAUGAUUUUUGCAUUUUUGCUGUGCCCGAAAUUAUCAAUUCAAAGACCAUCUCUUUCCCUGCUUCAACACUGCUAAAUAAUCAUGACCAGCCUUUCAUCCAGGAGCUCGUUGAUGGUUUGUAUCACACUGGAGCCAAUGUCGAGAGUUUUUCCUCCUCCACCAGGCCCGGUCAGAUGGAAAUCUGUUUUUUGCCUGAAUUUGGCAUCAGUGCAGCUGAUAAUGCAUUCACCCUCAGAACAGGUGUCAAAGAAGUGGCGAGGAAAUAUAAUUACAUCGCCAGCUUUUUCAUCGAGACCGGAUUCUGCAAUUCAGGAAUUUUGUCUCACAGUCUCUGGGAUGUUGGGGGGAAGAAAAAUAUGUUUUGCAGCAAUUCUGGAGUCGAAGAGCUCACGAUCACUGGGAAAAAAUGGUUGGCAGGGCUCUUGAAGCACUCUGCUGCUCUCAGCUGCCUGAUGGCUCCUGCUGUUAGCUGCCGGAAGCGAUAUUCCAAGGAGAGUAAAGACCUCAAGGAGAGUGUGCCUACAACAUGGGGAUACAAUGACAACAGCUGUGCUUUUAAUAUCAAGUGUCACGGUGAGAAAGGCAGCCGAAUAGAAAAUAAACUGGGCUCCGCGACUGCAAAUCCAUACCUGGUGCUGGCGGCGACGGUUGCUGCGGGCUUGGAUGGACUUCAAAGCAGUGAUGGUGUCCUGGCCGGUCCCAAUGACAGCACGGACUUCUGUCAGGCCAAAUCUGCCGAGAUCCCUUUGAAACUGGAAGACGCUCUUGUAGCACUGGAGCAAGAUCAGUGUCUGAGACAGGCCCUGGGGGAAACUUUCAUUCGCUACUUUGUUGCCAUGAAAAAAUACGAGCUGGAAAAUGAAGAAACAGAUGCUGAGAGAAAUAAAUUCUUAGAAUAUUUUAUUUAGACUAGAACCCUUAACUAUUCUUUUGGAGAUGUGUUUUUUAAGUAGCUGAUCUCCCAGGGAGAAAAGAGUGGAUUUUUAUAAUCAACGACAAAAGGACUACAUAGGCUUUCGCUCUUUUUUGUCCCCAUGGAAUAUUUGACGGAUGAAGUGGGACUGCCGAGAGGAUUCUGAUAGUAGAAGCAAACAAUAAAGUUGUGGUGCAGCUGUAAUAUGCAGAUUUCCCAGGUCUUGUUGGUCAGUCAUCGUUUCCGCUAUGUAUGUUGACCUAGAGAGAAAUAUUCAGUUAUUUCAGGCAACAGAUACAUUCAUAAAAUAAUAAAGUAGUCUUAAGAAUUACAAAGCAAAAUGUAAACGACUGAAAGAAAAAAAGAAUUUCAAUUAUACACAUACAUUGUCACAGCCAGGGAGACAAAAAUGCUUACUUAUACAGUAUCAGUAAUCUAGAUAAAUAGAGGGCAGCCACUCUGUUACCUGCCCUUUCCCCAUCCUUCUGCCAUUACCCCUCCCAUUGGCUCACCUGCCAGGAAUGUGGCUAGGGGAACGCUGCUGGGAAUGGAGCUCAUGCAAGAUGGAAUAACAAGGAGGAAGCUCUGCUUUAUGGAGCAAAAUUUGCCAGAAUCAUUGUGCUUUCUAAAUACGUAAGGUUUCAAAAAUAAUGUCACGAUGACAAGUGAGCGGAAGGUUUCCCAGUACAUCAACUUCUUUGUACCCUUCUUUACUAGCUCCUGAAAGUCCUGGGAAGUUCAAGGCUACAAUGUCCACAAGAAACAAAUCCAUAAGAAAUAAAAUUUGAUGGAGAACAAUGAGGUCAAAUAUUUGAAAGUCAUGAAAAUUUUUCUUUAAACAAUAGCCCAUAAAAAGCCCCAGAUAUAAAACACAGGUGGAAUGGGUGUGUGCUUGGGGAUACGUGGGCUCUUCAUGCUUUGUUCUGUUCUUCAGAGCUAUGAUUUCAAAGGCACCUGUCGUGCUUUGUGAAGUGUGAGAACAACAGUCUACAUAACCAGGGCUAUGUUUGCAGUUUAAAUAUAUAUUUAAAUGACUGGUUCUGCUGCCCACAGAGGUCGCUAUGUCCCCAAGAAUAUUAAAUGUUCCAGACCUUCAUUUGAAUGAGAUAAUAUUGUAAUUAUCACUAAAGUUUAGCCUCUUUGGGGAAGAAAUCCAAAAUCCACUGACUAGCAAAUGAAAACCCUAUUCUCCUGCUUAGGAUCAAACAGGAGAUUUUAUGUUCAAUUAAAACUGACAGUGGUCUCAAUUUAGAUAGCAAACACAAAAGCAGAGGAUUAGACUUGGCUCAGAUCCUCCUAUUUGAAUUCGUAGUACCCAGUAGCUUAAAUAAGAAAAGUAAUCUGUCCUUCACUAAUUGCUCCCCUCUUUGCUCCUCUGAGCAGAAGUGUGUCUGGAUACAUAAGAAUAAUGUUCUUGGUGGAUUAAAAAGUAGAGGAAAAGGUAGAGCAGAGUGGGUGGAGAAGGAAAGGAAUUUGCCCUGAGUGGUCUGAGUAUGAAAUUCCAUUCAUUCUGUCAUGGGAAGGAUAGUUGGGAGGAACCAAGCCCAUGACGGCUUGCUAGUUAUUUGCCAAUACCCAUUCUCCCUCUGUUCUCAGGAAUACCAUCUAAAUGUGUCAGUUGGGAACACACUAUGGAAAAUAAAAUCACAUUUCUGAGUUCUCACUGUGGCUGAGUGUGGCUGUGUUAUUAGAGUCAGGCCAAAGAGCUGUAAGUAGAAGUGUUGUAUGGAAGCUCUGGGAAACUUCUUUGAAGGACAGAUGCUCUGUCUCCUGCCCUUUCUCUAUCCUUCUGCAUUUGCCCUUCCAGUUGGCUAACCUGCAGGUGUUGUGUCUAGAGUAAUGCCCUUGGGAACGGAGCCCAUCUACAGUGGAGUAACAAGGAAAAAGCUCUGCCUUGUGAAGCAGAACUCGAUUUGCCUACAUUCAGAUUUUUACCUGGGAGAGAAAUAAACUAUCUGCUUUAAG